AUGGUCCAUCAGAUCCAGGACAAUAACGCAGAUAGGGUGGCCAAAUUGAUCAAGAAUCUCGUCUUGAUAUCUCACACCGUCAGAGUUCCUGCCUGCAUGGAACACAUGCAGCAAAAUAUAUCACUAAUCAAGUUACCUCAACAACCUGUUAUAAAAAUUCUAACAUAUCCACCGCCACCACAAACUGGAGGCAUUGCAAUUACAAGUGAAGAUUUAGCAUGCUUAAAUGAAGGCGAAUUUUUGAAUGAUGCUAUUAUAGACUUUUAUUUGAAGUAUGUUUUCUAUGAAAAGCUCUCUGAUUAUGACCGUGAAAAAACACACAUAUUUAGUUCCUAUUUUUAUCCCCGUCUUACACACAGACCUGAGCGACGACCAGGAAGCUCUGACGAUGGCCAGAAAACGAUUCAGUUUAAGCGCCACAGCCAAGUAAAAACAUGGACCAGGCAUGUUGAUAUAUUUUCCAAAGAUUACAUAAUUAUUCCUGUUAAUCAAAAUGUUCAUUGGUUUUUGGCUAUCAUUUGUUUUCCUGGUCGAGUUCCCGAUGCUCCUCCAAAUGUGCCUGCUAAGAGUGAUGCCAAAGUUUCCAAAUCUGCAGAUAAUGUUACAUCUACCGAUGAUCAAGAUGAUUCCCUUAAGACAGCUACUAAAGAUGGUGAAGUUGAAGGAAAUUCUCAAACCCAAGAUGAAAAUUCAACAAAUAGUAGUAAUAAUUCCCUUUAUGAAGUGGAAGAACCUCCUGAUUCAGAAGAACCUAUUCCUGAGGCGCCAGACAGCAGUACUCAUCCAGAUGGAAAUAAUGGCAGUCGGCGCCUAGAAACGCCUUGUAUAUGCAUUUUUGACUCAUUAAGUGGACCAAAUAGAUGGAGAAUUGCUGCAACCUUGAGAGAGUAUUUAGAAAUGGAAUGGAAAAUGAAGAAGGGGACUAGAAAAAUUUUUGAUCGCAACACUAUGCAGGGAUAUAUAAUGCGAUGUCCCCAGCAGACAAAUUUCCAUGACUGUGGUGUAUAUUUAUUGCAGUACGUUGAAAAUUUCUUCCAGAAUCCAAUUCCAUUUUUUGGGAACCCAAUGCCGGACUUAUCAAACUGGUUUACCGAAGAAAAAGUGUACAAGAAACGGCAGCAGCUCAAAGAACUGAUUUUGAAUCUGCAAAAGAAACAAUUAGCAAACUCUGCUGCAAAUGCUAAAAAACCAAAUCAGUUAGAAAUUGUUCCUGCAUCUCCUGUUACAGUACAACAAACUGAUAAUAGAUGAUAAAAUAAGAUCGUCAUAGCAUCAUUAUUGAAUAUUAUCUCCAUACAUUGUAUUGGAAGUGUACAGUGCUGUAUGUAAAGUAUUCAAGUUUCACAUGGGUAAUCAAUCUAUGGGAGAAAAUGUUCUUUCGUUGAAGAUCUGUUAUAGCAUUUGUAUAUACGUCGACAUUUUUCUGUCAAUUAUUAUUUUUCUAUUUAUGAUUUAUUGUGAAUUGCAUUUUAUCCACUCGAAGAUAUUGACAGUCAAGGAAUAUUGAAGAUUUUCAUGUUAGUUUUCAUUUUCAUACUUUUUGCUCAUCUCAAGGAGUUGUGUAGUUUGCAUUUUUCCUGAAAAGAGAUGUCCCGUAAGAAGCACAGAAAAGCACUUGUUAUACAUUAAAUGAAGUUUUUUAAUUGUAACUAUUAUUUUCUCUUCUUUGCAACUAUUCUACACAUUUAAUUUAUAUUGUGAUGAUAAUUUUCUAUAAAGCAGUAUUAACAUUGAUCUACAUUGCUUCUAAAAAAGUAUUUUCUAGAAGGUGAUGCUUCUGGUAUGUAAAAGUAUUUAAAAAAUAUUUCUUAAAAAUAAGAAAAGGGGUAUGCUGUAAUGAAUGCAAGAAAAUUGUACUAAAAGUCAAAUUUUGUUAUUUUUAUUGCUUGCAUCCAUAAGAUUUGAUAAUAAAAUGCUAAAACAUA